UAGAAUAGGAGUGGUGUUCUCUUGGUGGUUUCCAGGAAGGUCUUUUGAAAAUUUCUCCAGGAGAUUAACUUAGUUAACCCUACACAAUGUGUGAUCAAUUUCUGGGAACUUGGAAGCUGGUUUCUAGUGAGAACUUUGAUGACUACAUGAAAGAACUUGGUGUGGGCUUUGCUACCAGGAAAGCAGCUGGUGUUGCCAAGCCCAACGUGAUUAUUAGCUGCAAUGGGGACGUUGUCACCAUCAGAACAGAGAGCUCUUUGAAGAACACAGAGUUCUCCUUCAAACUAGGAGAAGAGUUUGAUGAGACCACGGCAGAUAACAGGAAAGUCAAGAGUACUGUGACGCUAGACGAUGGUGCACUCAAUCAGGUGCAGAAAUGGGAUGGGAAAGAGACCACAAUAAAAAGAAAAAUAGUAGAUGGAAAACUUGUUGUGGAAUGUAUUAUGAACAACAUUAUCUCAACGAGAGUCUAUGAGAAAGCAUGAAGACUUCUUCUGUACAAUUAAUAGGAUCUUGGAGUGGAGGAUGAAACUGAGUUCAGGGAGCGGAGCCCUUCAAGGCUAAUGAUAUCUUCAAAGAACAGAGUUGUUUGCACUCCAAAGCAUCAUUGUAUCUAAUCCUAUGUGUUGUGGCUAUUCAAUAAAGUGUUUGCCUUGAGUAAA